GAGAAACAUGAGGGCAUGCACGUAAUUCUGACCCAAAAACAAAUAGAGUUCCGCGGCUCCCAUGCCGACCCCCCUCGCCCAAUGCUCCCUGCCGCGUUCCGACGCGCCCACCACCGGCCUCCUCCGCGACCGCUGCCCCAAGCUCCCGCUCCCUCCUUCCCCCCUCCAAGCCCACUGCCCACCAACUUCUCGACUCCCUACGCCGUCUGCGCCUCCCAAGGCUUCGAUCCUAUCGAUCAAUUCCUCCCUCCCCGAACCCUCCCUCGUUCGCCGAGCCGCCGCCACCUCUACCGCGAAACCCUACUAUCCCUCGCUUACGUCCUCAAGACUGCGCCCGGCCGCCUCCACGACCUUAAAUCCCUCGCCUUGGACGGUCUCCGCGCCGCCCCCCUCGCCCGCCUCCUCUGCUCCUUCCCCCGCCACCAGCCUGCCCUUGCCUUCUUUGACGCCGCCCUCCCCGAUCUCUCCGCCGACACCGUCAGCUCCUGCUGCGACGCCGCUCACCUCGUCGCCACCAUCGGCGACCCCGCCCUAGAGCCCCUCGCGCAGGACCUCCUUGCCUCCCUCCUCCGGCGAAUCGGACCCGGUCGUGCCGCCGAGAUUAUUCAUUGGAUCGACCGCCACCAGUCCCACUACCCCGCCCUCCACUUGGUCCUCCGCGGCUUCCUCGAUGCUGGAAUGGCUUCGGAAGCUGUGGACGUCUUGGCGCGGAUCAGGAAACAGGGGGAGAUUCCGAGCCUCACGGCAUUGGCGAUCCUCUUACGGUUGCUAUUUCGAGGGGGUGAUUCGAGAAAAGCUUGGAAACUGUUCAAGGAUAUGAUCGGAAGAGGCCCCCGCCCAAGCUUCAGGACUUUCAAUGCCAUGAUUCUUGGGUCGUGCCAGAAAGGGCACGUCCGUGUGGGUGAGGGGCUUCUACAAGUGAUGCCAAGGUUGCAUUGUGAGCCAGAUGCUUGUAGCUACAACAUCUUGCUCAAGGCAUAUUGUAUUUACCGUCGGACUUCAUACGCCUUUGACUUGUUUGAUUCAAUGCUCAGUUCAGGAUGUGCUCCUACAGUUGUGACAUAUAGUAUACUGAUCGAUGCCUUGUGCCAUGAAGGGAGGAUGGAGGAAGCAAGAAAACUUUUUGAGGAUAUGCAGAAAGCGGGCAUCCAGUCUAAUACGAUUACUUACAAUGUUCUCAUCGAUGGGCAUGUAAAGGCCGGGCAGAUUGAUAAAGCAAAAAUGGUUUAUCGACAGAUGAGGGAGAAAGGAUUCAUGCCCGAUUGCUACACAUUCAACAUAUUAGUUGCAGGCUUCUAUAAGUUCCACAGGGAUUGGGAGGAUGAGGUCACGCUCUUGUUUGAUGAUUUGUUUAAACCAGAGUUGUGUUCUGAUGGGUCGAUGUUGGAUGUAUUGGUUUCAAGGUUUUGUUGGGAUGGACGGUUGGAUGAUGCCCGAGAGCUUCUGCAGAGUGCGGUUGAGCAGGGCGUGGCAGUCAGUGUUGCUGGAUUUAACUCAGUUAUCACAGGCUUUAGCAAGGAGGGUCUUGAAGAAGAAGCUUUUUGUUUGUAUCAGACUAUGAUGGACCUCGGCCUCUCUCCCUCGGUUUCCACUUGCAAUGCCUUGAUCAUUGGCUUGUGCAAUAGGGGAAGAUUGCAGGAAGCCAGGGAAUUAAUAAAUAAGAUGACAGAGAAGGGUUUUUUUGUGAAUGUAUCUGCUUUCACAAUCUAUAUAGAUGGUUGUUUUAGAGUAGGUGAUGUCACGGCCGCUUUGAGGUGCUGGAAUGAAAUGGAGAGACAAGGGAUACAUGCAGAUGUGGUUGGCUUUUCGGCAUACAUCAACGGCCUUUGUAGGGCUAAUUACAUUGAUGAAGCACAAAAGGCUUUCUACGAAAUGUCUAGGAGAGGACUAGUCCCUAAUAAUUUCACCUAUAAUUCUUUGAUAUCUGGAUUUUGUAGAGUUGGUAAUGUAGCUGAGGCAUUGAAACUUGAGAGGGAGAUGAGACAGAAUGGCCUUUUCCCUGAUGUCUUCACAAGCAACAUAAUUAUUGAUGGAUUAUGUAGACAAGGCAGGAUGAAAAUGGCAAACAACAUGUUGAUAGAAAUGUACACUAACGGCUUAGCCCCAGAUGUCGUAACUUACAAUACUUUCAUAAAUGCAUACUGUAGGGCUUUUGAUAUGGUUAAUGCAGUCAGAUUUGUCAACAAGAUGUCUUCCGAUGGUUUUGAACCAGAUAUUUUCACAUACAAUAUAUGGAUCCACAGCCUCAGCACCAGCCGUAUGAUGAAUCGAGCCAUGAAGAUGCUAGAUGAGCUUGUCUCAACAGGUUUUGUUCCAAACACAAUUACCUAUAACACUUUCAUGAAUGGUAUUUGCUGUGACAUACUUGACCGUGCUAUGAUUUUGACUGGAAAAUUGCUUAAGAUGGCCUUUGUUCCCAAUGUUGUUACUGUUAACCUGUUACUUUCUCAUUUCUGCAAGCAAGGGCUGGCAAAGAGGGCCCUAAUGUGGGGAGAAAGACUUUGUAAUGUCUCCUUCACCUUUGAUGAUGCCACACAGAAUAUAUUGGACAGGGCCUGCAGAGAUGUGCAAGAGGGUGCAGAAAUUCCUGUGGAGUCAGGAAAAGGCUUAUUUUUGGAAUUUCUUAUGCGGAUUACUUAUGAUUUCUUAUGCAAGAGCAGACAUUUAGAAUGUAAACCAUCAAUGAUCACAAGACGUCCAAGAUGACGGACGCCAGAUAGUGUUUUGGUAGAUGCAGCCUAUGUGGAACCUCACAAAAAAAGGUCUGUCUGGAACGUGCUAUGGCAUUUGUACCACUCUGGAUCUGGUCUGCUACUGGAUCUUGGUUGGACCGAAAACCAUGCAAGGGCUAGCAAGGAGGGCCCUAACGUGGGGAGAAAGACUUCGUGAGGUGUCCUUCACAUUUGAUGAUGCCACGCAGAAUAUAUUAGAUUGGGCCGACAGACAUGUGCAAGAGGACACAGAAAUUCCUUUGGAGUCGGUGGAAUUUCUUAUGUGUGUUGCUUAUGAUUUCUUAUGCAAGGGUAGACAGACAUUUGGAAUGUAGCCGUUGAUGAUCACGAGCCUCUUUGUUGAUGGAAUUGACAAGAUUUCAAGAUGACAGAUGUCAGAUAAGUAUUAUGUGGUAGAUGCGGUCUAUGCGGCGCAAUGGUCGUAUUAUGUGAUAAAGGUGUUCUAUGUGGCACGCUGGUCAUAUAUUCUGGAUGGAAAUGCCUACCAGCCACCCACCACCUUAGCUGCUUCAUACGGCGCAAAAGACCCACUGCUUCAAACACAUGAAACACAUUCAACGGCAGGUCAGGUGCUCUUUUUCCUUGAAAAUUUUACGGUGGCUUCAUGGGAAAUUAGCUGUUAAGAAGUUAUGUGGAACCAAGUGCAGCUUAAACCUGAAGGUUAUGAUGCUUUCUGAUCACACUUAUUGCAACGGACAUCACAGAAAGAAGAUUUUGAUUUUAGGAUCAAGUAAUACUUUCAUCUGGGAUGAGGCAGGAUGUUUUUGGUUUCUACCUUCCAACAAAUGUGAACCAUCAAAAGAUGGUAACUGAUCACAAUUUUUUUUUUCUCUUUAUUAAUUGGUUUAGGACAGUUUGGACGUUAAAUUCUUGCAAAAUUUUCUGA